GUGUCGCCAGCUUGAUUGCCCCUCACCCUUAAACCUCCCUCCCUUGGACUGCUUUGAGAGGGAAAUUUUGACACAAGAGGAGCAGCUACCAUAAGAAGAAGGCCAGCCCCAUUGAGGGCUUGGGCGCCCCUCGGUUCCCCCUUGGCUCCUCCUCUUUCCUCCUCCUCCUCCUCCUCGCGCGCCUGCUUUCCCCCCUCCCCUGCUCCUUCCCCUCCUCCUCGCUUUCCUCCCUUUCUCCCUCGAGAGUCUUUGUUGCUGUUUAAAGUCAGACAAUGAGGCGCGGGGAAACUCCCCUCAUGAGCCGCCGGAGGGGAGGCGGCGCCGCGCUGUAGCGCCCACCACAAAGGAGGAAGGAGGGAGGGAGGGAGAGGGAGAGGGAGGGGAAGCUUGGUGGCCGGCUGGCUCUCCCUCUGCCGCCCUCCGGCCCCUCCAUGCUGUGGGCCGCUCUCCUCCCGGAGCGCCCGGCCGGAGCCUUCCUCCCUCCUCCUCUUCCUCCCUCUCCUCCUCCUCUUCCUCCUCCUCCUGCUCCUCCGCCCGGCCCCCCCGGAGCUGCUGCUGCGCCUGCCCUAGAAUGUUGCGGCAGGUCCUGCACAGGGGGCUGAGAUCGUCGUUCGCCAGACUCGGGCACUUCGUGGCCAGCCACCCGGUCUUCUUCGCCUCGGCGCCCGUCCUGCUCUCCAUCUUGCUGGGCGCCAGCUUCAGCCGCUACCGGGUGGAGGGCAGCGUGGAGCACCUGCUGGCCCCCAAGCACAGCCUGGCCAGGAUCGAGCGCAACCUGGUCAACAGCCUCUUCCCGGUCAACCGCUCCAAGCACCGGCUCUACUCCGACCUGCAGACGCCCGGCCGCUACGGGAGGGUCGUCGUCACCUCCUUCGUCAAGGCCAACAUGCUGGACCAGCACCACGCCGACCUGAUCCUCAAGUUGCACUCUGCUGUGACCAGGAUCCAAGUACAAAGACCAGGUUUCAAUUACACAUUUGCCCAUAUCUGCAUCCUAAAUAAUGACAAGUCUUGCAUCGUGGAUGACAUUGUGCACAUCCUGAAAGAACUGAAGGCUGCUCGCAUGUCUAAUCAAACAAAUUUUGCUAUCACAUACCCAAUCACGCAUUUAAAGGAUGGCAGGGAAGUGUACAAUGGACACCAACUUGGCGGUGUCACCGUCCACAGCAAAGACCGGGUGAAGUCUGCCGAAGCCAUUCAACUCACAUAUUAUUUGCAGGCAAUCAACUCUCUGAAUGAUAUGGUGGCAGAAAAAUGGGAAUCGAAUUUCUGUGACACGGUUGAACUUUUCCAGAAAUCAAACCAGAAUGUCACAAUGUAUCCUUUCACUUCAUCAUCUCUUCAAGAAGAUUUCCAGAAGACAAGCAUAGUGUCAGAACGCUACCUGACCACAAGCUUGGUCCUUGUGGUAACGUUGGCCAUGCUUUGUUGUUCCAUGCAAGACUGUGUCCGCAGCAAACCCUGGCUUGGUCUCCUUGGAUUGUUAACUGUGAGUUUGGCCACUCUCACAGCAGCUGGAAUCAUUAAUCUGACUGGUGGGAAAUACAAUUCUACUUUCCUGGGAAUUCCCUUCAUCGUAUUAGGUCAUGGAUUAUAUGGAACUUUUGAAAUGUUGUCCUCCUGGAGGAAAACUAGAGAAGACCAACACGUGAAAGAGAGAACUGCAGCCGUGUUUGCAGACUCCAUGCUUUCCUUUUCUCUCACCACUGCCAUGUAUCUGGUCACUUUUGGAAUAGGUGCCAGCCCCUUCACUAACAUUGAAGCAGCCAGGCUCUUCUGCUGCAAUUCCUGUAUUGCAAUUUUCUUCAACUACCUCUAUGUGCUCUCCUUUUAUGGUUCCAGCCUCGUGUUUACUGGCUACAUAGAAAACAACUACCAGCAUAGCAUCUUCUGCAGAAAGGUACCAAAGCCAGAGGUCUUGCAAGAGAAGCCUGCCUGGUAUAGGUUUCUUCUGACAGCCAAAUUCAGCGAGGACACUGCAGAGUCAGAGGAGACAAACAGUUAUGAAAGUCACCUUUUGGUGUGUUUCCUCAAGCGUUAUUACUGCGACUGGAUAACGAACACAUAUGUCAAGCCUUUUGUAGUUCUCUUUUACCUUAUUUAUAUUUCCUUUGCCUUAAUGGGCUACCUGCAGGUCAAUGAAGAGUCAGACCUUAGGAACAUCGUAGCAACUGCAACACGAACAAUGGAGUACACUGCAGCUCAGCAGAAGUACUUUAGCAAUUACAGCCCGGUCAUUGGGUUUUAUAUCUAUGAAUCCAUAGAAUACUGGAACAUAACCGUUCAAGAGGACAUGCUAGAGUACACCAAGGGGUUUGUGCGGAUAUCUUGGUUUGAGAGCUAUUUAAAUUACCUUAGAAAACUCAACAUAUCAACUGGAUUACCCAAAAAGAAUUUCACAGAUAUGCUAAGGAACUCCUUCCUGAAAGCACCCCAGUUUGCCCAUUUUUCAGAGGAUAUCAUUUUUUCCAAGAAAUACAACAAUGAAGUCGACAUUGUGGCCUCUCGAAUGUUCCUGGUGGCUAAGACUAUGGAUACCAAACGAGAAGAGCUUUAUCAUCUCCUGGAAACCUUAAGAAAGCUCUCUCUCAAAUCCAAGGUUAAAUUCAUUGUUUUCAACCCAUCAUUUGUAUACAUGGAUCGUUAUGCCUCCUAUAUGGGAGCCCCCUUGCAAAACUCCUGCAUUAGUGCUUUAUUCCUGCUCUUCUUCUCUGCGUUUCUGGUGGCAGAUUCUCUCAUCAAUGUAUGGCUCACGCUCACUGUUGCCUCAGUCGAAUUUGGAGUUAUAGGUUUUAUGACCUUGUGGAAAGUCGACUUGGACUGUAUUUCUGUAUUGUGCUUAAUUUAUGGGAUUAAUUAUACAGUUGACAACUGUGCACCUCUCUUGUCAACCUUUGUCCUGGGCAAAGAUUUCACAAGAACUAAAUGGGUAAAGAAUGCCCUGGAAGUGCACGGGGUAGCUAUUUUACAGAGCUACCUCUGCUACAUUGUUGGUCUAAUUCCUCUCGCAGCUGUGCCUUCAAAUCUGACCCGUACACUGUUCAGGUGCUUGUUUUUGAUAGCAUUAGUCACCUUCUUUCAUUGCUUUGCCAUUUUACCUGUGAUACUGACUUUUGUGCCACCAUCCAAGAAAAAACGGAAAGAGAAGAAAACUCCUGAGAACCGGGAGGAAAUAGAGUGCGUUGAAAUGGUGGAUAUGGAUAGUACCCGAGUGGUUGACCAAAUCACAACAGUCUGACUAGUUGGUUUGUUUUCCUUUUUUUAAAAACCCUAGGUAUUACCAAGAGAAGAAAAUCAUAUUGAUUAUAUAACAAAGGGAUUUGGAUGUCUGUUUUCAAAUUAAAACCAGGAGCAUCCAAAACAGCCUGUGAAGGCGGGAAGGGGAUAACUGCGCAUCGGUUGGCCUUCACAUUGAAAGUAUAGUGAAAUUUACAUUCACCCAAUACAAUGCAAAUGUCAAUUUGAGUUGCUACCUGAGAUAAGAUAAUAGAGGUGGGUGAUUAAAUAGGAUACCGCUGUGUCUACCCUGCAGAUGCCGCUGCCCUUGCGGCAGUAUGCCAGCACAUUGAAAGGUCAACUGUCAAGGCUGAAGGAGCAGUAAGUGUACAUUUUGGACACAGAGGCUAUGGAAAGCAUUCAGUCUAGCAAUAACUCAAGUCCAUGAGUCAUCUAUUAUGGAUCUUAGCCAUCACAUUGAAUUUUUUUUCUCCCCCCCCCUUUUUUUUCAAAUGGAAAUAUAUAUGCAAUUAUGUAAAAAAAAACACAAAACAAAAAUAAGAAAAACCAAGAAUAUCAAAUUGACCUAAGGAUAAAUACAGCUAUUACUAUCAAAAUAGGGUCAUGUUGCAGUUGCCUUUUUUCUGAAUAGAUAUUUUAAAGUGUAAUGAAUUCCCAGUAUAUUUUUAAUAUAACAUGGUUUUGUAGCAUUUCUUUUUUUAUAAAAAAAAUCGUAAGAAUUAAUCAUAUGUUUAAGACAUAUACAUGCACAUGGUCUUAGUUCUCUAAUACAGCUCCAGUCUCUGAAUGUGUUUGCAUCAUUUAAGAGAUCUGUUUUACUGAUGCUAUAUUUUGUAGCACUCUCUUCAGUAUGCUUGGGAUUUAGUGGCAUGUUAGAGGAAGAAGUAUUUCAUUACCAGAAUCCAUGAAACAAGCCUCAGAUGCCUAAAUUUCAUCAAGGAAAUGUGAAUGUUGGGACACCUUUCAAAAGAAGAGCCAUUUACUAGUAGUUCAUGCUAAGAGGAUCAACGUGCUGUGCUGCUUUAUGUAGGCCACAAUCCUUAGAUAGUAAUUUCUAUUUCUGUAAUCUCUACUAUAGACUAUGAGUCAUGGAAAUGAGUUGAGCUACUUUGGAAGAAGUGGCUUUUGAACUCUAAAAUAUUGCAAUCUUCCCUAAGGUAACGUUAAAAGUAGAUGCCCUAAAAAUAAUGGAUAAGAAUGGAUUCCAUCCCUCUUCUUAUGAAAGAUCCCUUUAUUAUAGAAGCCAAAGACAGAUAGAAACCAGUUUUGUGGACAGAUAUUUAAUAUCCUGGAAAUGAUCUAUACCAGAAAAGUUUACAUCUCUGAAACUUUCAAAGAAGAGUAGCAUAAUACUAUAUUUCCUUACAAUACUCAUACCUAGUGACCUAUAAGAAAUUAUGUUAAGCUUUAAUGACAGUUAGCAACCAAUUCCUGUAAUGUUUAUAACGAUACUACAAAAUACUGUUAAGAGCAUCUGGGAUAGAAUAUGGUGAUUAUUCACUUCCCUUGAAGUAGAUACCAGUAUAAUUGUACUGGUCUGCUGAUCUAUCAGAUCUAUAGCCAGCCGUCCACAGUUGCUGGGGUUAGGAACACAGGACCUCUGUGAAAGUGAAAAAAUGAAUAAAGAAAUUGCUAUUUUUUAACUUAAGAGAACACCUGUCUAGGGAGUUCUAGGUUUUCCAGCACAACACUAUGAUCAAAUUCAGCUGGAAGCUGAACAUAGAAUCGCACUGGAGGACCUACAGAUUUCUAGAAAAGUAUUCUCUCUAAAAAGAAUCUCAAGGUUUUCCAGCAAGACUAGAGGACGUUUGCAUUGGCAAACUUUGGCCCUCCAGAUGUUUUGGACUUCAACUCCUGGAAAUGCCAGCCAACUUACUUGCUGUUAUGAAUGGUUAUGAAUGGUAGCAGUUGAAGUCCAAAACACCCGGAGAGCCAAAGUUUGACCAUGUUUGAUAUAGUCACACUGGAGGACCUAAAAAAUCCUUAAAGAGAACAUUUUAAUCAAACCCAUAAAUAAUCAAAUCUGCAAAAGUCAAAACUACAAAUGAAUGUCAAACCGAUUUUCUUCAAGUUCUGUCUUUCACUUAGUCCUCCAUUUGGCUUGUAAAGCCUUCUGCUUACCUUUCUUGUGCAAGAAAUGGUCACGAUACCUCUUGAUUGUUUCCAAUGGUUUCUGCUAAUUUCACACAGGUAAGAGCUUCUGCACUGGGUCACUUACAGUUGUUUUCAUAUAUAAUUGCCACUGCAGUGAAUCAGACUGAUUAUUAAUGCCACAGAUGAGAAACUGUAUUGACUGUUAGACUUCCACAAAUAGCUUCCCAGUGAAAAAGAAUAUUUUCACUAGAGGAAAAAGCUGGAAUGAGCUUUUGUGCAUUAUUAGUGCUUCAUUUGGAGUUUUCUCCAAAGGACUUGUUAAGGGCUUUAAAUGAGCUAUAAAUUAUUUCCUAUAAUUCUAGAAACUAACAAAAAAUUUGACUUUCCUGAUAGGUGUUCCCGAGAGCCUGUGGUUUAUACAAAGUUGAAGGCUGAACAGAUUGCACCAAUGGCUACAAUGAAUUGAUGUGGUGGUUAGCAACAGUCUUUUUUGUUCAUUUUUCCACUUUGAUAGUGGAGCUUGUUUUGUCACUGUUCAUCUCUUGGGUAUCUGUACGUAUGUUCAAGUUAUGAUCUUUUGUUUCGAUCAAAAAUAUGUUAUCAUUAUUGCCAGCAUGAAAGAUGUACACACAGGAAAAUUUGGGGUCCUUGCCAAGCAUUUCUUCUUCACAAAAUGGAAAUCUCUCUCUUCCCAGAGAUUUGACAAGUUGCUAUGAUGAAUAUGCAGUACCAACCAGAAACUGUGAUGCAAGUUCUCUCCUUGAAAUCUCAAUGAAUUUGGUAGCAUCUUUGUUCUUCGUGGAGAAGAACUGAAUCUAGUACAAAUUAUGAUUUGAGAAGUGAAGUUCUCCCUCCAAAUGUAUGCCCUGGAAAAUAAUGUAUGUGUCAUGAGAGUGGGUGAAAAUUUAAAACGAUUCAUAUCAUCAUCAUUGCCAUUUACAGUUCCUGUUCUGCAUUGCCCAGAUUAUGUUCCAUCUAAACCUUUAGUCAACAGAAAUUGAUGUUUGUUUUUCAAACUUAAAAAAUCUUGGCACAGACUCACAUACAGACAUGCCUGUUCCUAAGCUGCAUGCUGACAGUAUUUCAAAUUUGGUCCCAAAACAGAGAGCAAGGAACUCAAUGGUAGGACAUUCACCCUUAAAUCUCAGUGGAAUUAAUGGGGCUUUUUGCUGGAUUGUGGCCACUGAGUUUACAUUUUACACGAUCUGUAAUCUGUCUUUGUAUUUUCAAAGUAUUACCCACUUUGCCUAAAUGCUUUUAGCUUAAAAGGCCACUUUUACAUUAAGCAUUCACAUUUACUAUAACUCAUUGGCCUGAGCAGAAUUUGCAUUUUUCCCUUGUGAACAAAAAAAGUAAACCUAAUUACCAUACAGCCCAGAAAACUCACAGCUACUGACUAAUUGAUUCUGUUUAGCAAGUUCAUUCACACUAGUCUUUCUAGACAUGUCAUUGCCUAUGGAGGCUUCUGUGCAAGUUCAUUGUCAGUGUAUACAAGCAGUCUGAAUCAAUUGGGAAAUGAAGCAGCAAAAAAAACUAUGCUCAGAAAUUUUGUUGUAAGAAAUCUAAAUUAAAGAGGGCUGAACUCAAAAGAUCUGAAAAAAAGCUUUUUGGCGAAGGAAAAAGGACCCCUUUUCCCAGUUCCAACAGACCUCACCUCUGAGGAUGCUUGCCAUAGAUGCAGGCGAAACGUCAGGAAAAAUGCCUCUAGAACAUGGCCAUAUAGCCCGAAAAAACCCACAAGAACCUAGGAAAAUUGUUUGUUUGUUUUUUCAAAAAGCCAAACUUUCUAAAUCAGGGAUCCUCAAACUAAGGCCCGAGGGCCAAAUACGGCCCUCCAAGGUCAUUUACCCGGCCCUCACUCAGGGUCAACCUAAAUCUGAAACGACUUGAAAGCAUACAACAACAACAACAACAACAACAACAAUCCUGUCUCACCAGCCAAAAGCAGGCCAACACUUCCCAAUGAAAUAUUAAUAAGUUUAUAUUUGUUAAAAUUGUUCUUCAUUGUAAUUAUUGUAUUGUUUUUAAGUGUUUUUGCACUGCACAUAAGAUAUGUGUAGUGUGCAUAGGAAUUCAUGUUUUUUUCCAAUUAUAAUUCGGCCCUCCAACAGUUUGAGGGAUUGUGACCUGGCCCUCUGUUUAAAACGUUUGAAGACCCCUGUUCUAAAUAAAUCUAGACCUAGAAAAGCAUACUGAUAUCUAGAAUAGAAUGUUUUUGCAUCCUCAAGUGACACAAAACCAAUUUUAAUAAUGUUUUAUUUCAUUCCAAAAUCAACAUUUGGAGUCAACAUUUGGAAGACGUUUUAAAAGCCAAGUUGCAAAAGAGAGUAGUCACUGCUACAUUCAGUCCCAUUUUAAAAUUGGGAUUGAAAUCCUCGAAGUCACCCACUCACUGUCACCUCACUGGAUCUACUUAGUUUAGUGUUUGUAGAAGCAUGAAAUUGCACAGUAAAUCUAUCAGAAGGGUUUGGAAGCAUAAAGAUUGAAACCAUAAGAAGUGCUAUGUUGGAUCAGAGUAAAAGCCUAUUUAGUCCAGUAUUGUGUCCACAGUCCAAUCAGGUAGCUAUGGCUAUCUCUAUAGCAGCACAAAAGUACAGGACUUUCUUUCAGCACUUGUUCUUCACCAGGCAUGCACACUCCCUCUGAUGUUUGCAAUAUGACUUGAGUAUCCCUUACCUGGAAUUACAAAAUAUGAAAUACUCCAAAACACAGAAUAGUCCAAAUAGGUGCUGAGAAAGUGACACCUUCACUUCCUAUUGGUUCAAUUGUGUAUAAAAUUACUCUUCUGCUAUGUGUAUAAGGUAUAUAUCAUCAGACUAUUUGUAUAAGAGUUCCAUCUCCAAGAUAUGUCCUUAUAUCCGUAUAUGCAAAUUUUACAAAAUCUGGAGGAAAAAAAUUAUAAAUGCUGAACACCUCUAGUCCCAUGCAUUUCAGAUAAGGGAUAUUAAAUCUAGUCCUCGUGACUUUUAGUUUUUGAGAGAUUUAUCUCCAAUGAGAUUACUUCUGUUAUAUGGGAAGGGACUGCCAAGAAUGCAAGCUAAAAACUCAAGACAUGAGUUUUGAAGUAUUUAUUUACUUGUAAUGCUAUACAUUUUGCAAUGUUAAUGUCAAUCUCCUAAACAUACCUCCAACACAAUUAAAAAUAAUUAGUAUUUAUGCUAGUUGUGGCAAGACCCACAAUGGUUACUCAUUAUAUCACAAAUGUUGCCACACACACACAGUAUUACUGGGUCAUUUUUUAACCCUGGGAUCCCUAUUCAUUGCACAUAGCAUAGAGCUAAGGUUUUAGUUUAAAUCUCAUGUUUCCAUCUUUCUGACCAACAAUGAGAAUUGGAUUUUUUAGAAGAGCCAGCAUGAUCUACAGGAAUGUUGGACUACAGCUAUGGACACCAGGAUUUGAAUCCCCACUCCACCAUGUAAACUCAUGGGGUGGCUCAGAGCAUAUUUAUUUAUUUAUUUAUU